AGAAAAUGGGUGGUAAUUUGUAAUAGACGUGAAAUUUAUCUGAAAAGAAUUUGUAGCAUAAUUUGAAUAUUUCUAGUAGUGUGAUAUGAGAAGUUUCGAAUGGAAUAGCAAGCAAAUACAAAAACUGCCACUAUUCAAGUAUAUAAAGUUAAACUGGUGAAAAUGAUAUUGUCAUUUCUCAUAUGAAAGAUUGAAAAUUAUCAUUAGUGAACAUGGUAACAGAAAAUAAGGCUCGACCAAUCACCGAGCUAUGUUUGGUUCAUUUGGAAAUAACACGUUAUAAAUCGUGUUGGCUCCUUUUAUAAAUACACUGAAACACUAUAUAACUCAGACCACUGAAGUUACAAGUUCUUAAAGCUCAUUUAAACUAAGUUUCUCUUUCACAAGUUGGCAACUCUGUCUUCUGUCUCCUAAUUAAUCAGGUUCAUAUCAAUGCUAAUUACCGGUUUUUUUACAUUCAAAUUGAGUCCUAUGCAUGCAUGAUGGUCUAAUGGUAUUUUCAGCUGAGCUUCCCUUAUAUUUGCAACUGAACUUAUGCUUCCAUUGAAAUAUGAAACUUCCAAGAUUGUUUCACAGGAAGAUAUAUAUGGCUAGUUUGAAAAACUCUUUCAUUGUUGUCUGUAAGUUUUAGCCUCUUGUUUUUUUCUUGAUGAUCAGUUCCAAUCCUAAAAGGUAGCUGGUGAGGUUUGUUGCCAAAUCCAUGGCUCAGAAUGAAGAUGUUGAAUCUUUCAAGAUGAAACCUCUGCAGAUAUUCUUUAAUGAUGCAAGGUCUGUGUUUAGAAUGGAUGAGAUUGGAAAGGAAAUCUUUAAGAUUGCGCUACCGGCUGCUCUCGCUUUGACAGCUGAUCCUAUCGCGUCUCUGAUUGAUACUGCAUUCAUCGGGCGAAUAGGUCCAGUAGAAAUUGCUGCUGUUGGAGUUUCUAUUGCUCUCUUUAAUCAAGUAUCUAGAAUUGCAAUAUUCCCUCUUGUAAGUGUCACAACCUCCUUUGUUGCUGAGGAAGACACUAAGUCUAAAAUCACUCCGAAUCAAGAUGAUGAAAGCUUGGUUACGGUAUCAACCGAAAACAGAGAAAGCAAAGACGCUAUUACAUCAGAAAAUAAUAAGAAUGACUCCUUUCUCGAUGCAAAUAAGUUCCGAUCACCUGAGAAUGGCCUUGAAAUGGAGAAGAGUAAGACUGAAAAGAGGCACAUUCCAUCAGCAUCAUCAGCAUUGCUUAUCGGUGGCAUUCUCGGCAUCCUUCAAGCUGAAUUCUUAAUUUUGGCUGCAAAACCUUUAUUGAACUUCAUGGGAGUCAAAUCAGAUUCACCAAUCUUCAAACCAGCAGAACAGUACUUGAAACUGAGGUCAGUUGGUGCUCCUGCAGUUCUUCUAUCAUUGGCGUUGCAAGGAGUCUUUCGAGGAUUUAAGGACACGAAAACUCCAUUAUAUGCAACUGUGAUUGGAGACAUCAUGAACAUAAGUUUGGACCCAAUAUUUAUGUUUGUUUUCAAAUGGGGUGUCAAAGGCGCUGCAAUCGCCCAUGUUCUAUCUCAGUAUCUGAUAGUAGUUAUACUCUUUUGGAGGCUAGUGCAACAACUUGAUCUUUUACCACCAAGCUUCAAACAUCUGCAACUCAAUCGUUUCCUUAACAAUGGAUUCCUUUUAUUGAUAAGGGUCAUAGCAGUAACAUUCUGCGUAACUCUUGCUGCAUCAUUUGCAGCACGAAAAGGACCUACAUCGAUGGCUGCAUUUCAAGUGUGCUUGCAAGUCUGGAUGGCCACAUCUCUUCUAGCUGAUGGGCUGGCUGUUGCCGGGCAGGCUCAACUUGCCAGUGCAUUCACACAGGAGGAUUAUAAUCGAGCAGCGGCCAUUACAUCGCGAGUAUUACAGUUAGGAGUUGCUCUUGGCUUGGUUUUGGCUAUAAUCCUAGGAGUUGGACUAAAAUUAGGUGCAAAACUAUUCACCAGUGACCCCCAUGUCAUUCAGUUGAUAGGAGUUGGCAUUCCGGUAUCUUUACUUCAGGGGAAUUCAAUUAUAACUUGCAUGAUCUGAUGAAUUAGAGUGACUGAAUCACUUACUAUACUUUUCAUGUCAGUUUGUCGCCGCGACUCAGCCAAUCAACGCGUUGGCCUUUGUUUUUGAUGGUAUCAACUUUGGAGCAUCUGAUUUCGCUUAUUCUGCCUACUCUAUGGUAACUGCUUUUGCAAAGCAACUAAAUGCUAUUCUAGUUUCAGCAUAAACUUCUGAACUGCAAGCAAACUUAUAUGAAUGACUAACUUAGCUAGUAACAAACUUCGAUUUGGAGUAAAAGCUUUCUCUCGGCAAUGUUAGUCGAAAUGCACGAAAAUUUUACAUGAAACUGAUCAGUUCAAAUCCCUGAAAAAUAAAACUCACCUUACUAUUGAACCAUACUAACAAAUUAACAAUUUUCACUGCAGCUUUUGGUAGCUGUCCUGAGCAUUAUCUGCUUGGUCAUUCUGCACUGGGGUCAUGGACUAAUGGGGAUAUGGAUAGCUUUAACAAUCUAUAUGAGUUUGAGAGCCUUUGCUGGCUUCUGGAGGUGAUCAAAUAACUACAUUGAAACUAAACUUGAUCAUAAACCGAUUUUGAUUAUCUGAUCCGAUUUUCGACAGGUUAGGGACAAGAACGGGUCCUUGGAGAUUUCUCAAGAACUGAAGCAUUGUUGACAAGAUCAUAAAGCUUUUGUCCAAGGCUUCUCAAUGUACUGCAACAAUAUAGUUUUUGAGGAUUAUUAAUAAAUGCCUGUUUCGAACCUUGUCCUAAUCAACAUUCUUAAAUCUUCAAGGAUUCCUCCACUGUUAUAAAGAGUACAAGAAUGUUCAGAACAAUAUACUUUGUAAAGCUUGAUUUAUCUAAAUUUAAUACUUCCUUCCGUUCCAAAAUUAUUGUCCAGUUUGAGAUUUUAGUUUUAGUACAAUUUGAACUAGAAACGAAAUCCCAAACUGGACAAUAAUUAUGGGACGGAGGGAGUACUAAUUAGCUUUAUUCCUCCAUCCUUAC